CCUUUAAGUAAAAAGUGUGCUGCAGUUUGUGUUUAAGAUUAGCUGCUAGUCAACUAGCUACAAGUUAUUAAUAUUAUUGCUGCAUAUUGUUCACAUAUUUUCAUAGAGGGAGUGUUAUUGACGUAUAUCCAUAGAGGAAUUGUUGAUACGAGCAUUAUAAUCAAAGUGUUUGAGGAUGGAAGUUAGUUUGUUAGCAGUGAUUUGUUUUCUGUCUAUUCCAACAUGGACGUCGAGUAGUAGUAUUACAAGUAGUAGUAGUAUUACUACAAGCGGUACUUUGUUUUCGGAGUCUUAUGAUAGUCUUUUUGACAGCGCGGUAGAAGCCUACGACAAACAUGACUGGUUGUCCGUCAUCCUCAACAUGGAGAAAGCUCUUCGGAACCGAGCUGCGGUUUUCAAGGCGAAGAAGGGAUGCCGACUCUCCUGCGCCAACCAAACCGCCUUUGGAGAGCCAAUGCCCGGCUUGGGAGUCCCCAUCCCGGGGGUCGGGGCCGUGGAGGACCUGGGCUUCUUCCACAAAAUCCUGCACCGGACUCACUGCGUCAACGCCUGUGAGCGGAGUCAACUUUCUUUCAGUUCCCUGCAUCAAGUCGGCCAAGAAGUGGAGCUGGAGUUUAAGAAGAGGACGCCCUACAACUACUUACAAGUCGCAUAUUUCAAGAUUAAUAAGGUGGACAAGGCGGUGGCAGCGGCCCACACAUUUUUUCAAGCCAACAAAGACCACAUGGAGAUGAGACAGAACCUGGACUACUACAGCAUGAUGCCAGAAGUACAGGAAGAAGACUUUAAAGAUCUCGAAGCCAGGCCACAUAUGGCAAAGUUCCUGCUGGCGAAGAAAUACUACAGCGACAACUCUUUCCAACCGGCAGCCGAAGUAUUUGAGGAGGCGGUCGAUGAGUACUGGACUGCCGAUAAGGAGUGCAGAGUACUUUGUGAGGGACCAUAUAACUAUGAUGGCUACAGUUACAUGGAGUACAGUGCUGACCUCUACCAGACUAUAACAGACCAUUACCUGCAGGUGCUGAACUGCAAGCAACGCUGCUCUGUGGACCUCGCCUUGGCUUCUGGAAAUGACAAACCUUUUGACAACUUCCUGCCCUCUCACUUUAACUAUCUACAGUUUUCAUACUACAACAGUGAAAGGUAUGAGCUGGCCAUAGAGUGUGCUAAGACCUACUUGCUCUUCUACCCGGAUGAUGAAGUGAUGAAGCAGAAUGUCGACUAUUAUUCAGCCGUACUGGGAGUGGACAAGGCAGAAGUCAUAUCAGCAAGACAGAUUGUCAAAGCGUAUAUUUCGCACUCCCUACUGGAGAAAGAACUGCUGUACUUUGGAUACGAAGCCUUCGGAAUAACUUUUGUGGAUCCUGACACAUGGACUCCAGAAGAGAUCAUGCCUUCAAAAUUGAGAGAUAAACAAAAGGCUGAACGAGAGACGGCAGCGAGGAUUACAGAAGAAAUCGGAAACCUGAUGAGGGAGAUCGAGACCUUGGUUGAAGAGAAGAAAAAGGACUCCACAGAUGUAGCAAACAUAAUAGUAGCGCAAGACAAUGUUCCUCCUCCAGGAGGAAGUCUUCUAUACGACAACAUCAAGGUGACCAUGACAGCCACACAGAUGAAUGGCUCUCAACGGGUCCUACUGGACGGGGUAGUCACUGAUGACGAGUGCAGGGACUUGCUACGUCUUUCUAAUGCUGCUGCAGUAAAAGGUGAUGGAUACCGAGGAAGUCCUUCUCCCCACACCACCAGUGAAACGUUCCAGGGAGUCACGGUCCUAAAGGCUCUGAAGCUAGCACAGGAAGGAAAGGUUUCCCUGAAGGGUGCACGUUCGUUCUUCGACAUUAGUGAGAAAGUGAGGAAGGUUUUGGCGUCAUACUUUGGCUUGACUUCUCCGCUGUACUUCUCCUACUCACACCUGGUGUGUCGAACUGCGAUCGAAGAGAAGCAGGAGAACCGUGAAGAUCUGAGCCAUGCGGUCCAUGUUGACAACUGCUUGCUGGUCUCGGAGCUCAAUGAGUGUUUAAAGGAACCUCCUGCGUACACACAGAGAGACUACAGUGCAGUUCUUUAUCUGAAUGACGACUUUGAAGGAGGAGAUUUCAUUUUCACAGAGUUGGAUGCCAAAGCCGUCACGGCGGUGGUACGGCCACAGUGCGGCCGCGUGGUCGCCUUCGGAGCCGGAAAGGAAAACCCGCACGGCGUGAGAGCUGUCACCAAGGGUCAGAGGUGUGCUGUCGCUCUGUGGUUUACCUUGGAUCCGGCUCAUGAGGAAAAGGAAAGAAUCCAAGCUCAGGAUAUGCUGGAAAUGUUCUCCACCUCUGUCAAGUCAGACUUCAUGUCAAAUGAGGGCCAAGUAGAGCAGAAGGCUCAAUCAGAAGAUGACAAAAAGGUACAAGCGGUCAACACAGACGUCAAACACAAAGAUGAGCAAGUGGACCAAAAAGAUGCCAAACUUGCAGUCAAAGUCCAGCCAAAAACUUCAACAACAGACUCUCAGGAUGGCAAAGACGAGUUGUGAUCAAGAUCUGUAGUAUUUGUUUUUUUUUACAUUAAGGUCCAAGAAUGUCUUGUAAUGUAUUUUAUUUAAUAAAAUGACAUGACUUUCA